UCGACAUUCUGUUCUUGAAAUUUUUUUGAAGAUCUCUGUUUUCCUGUUCUUGAAAAAUCUUCAUACAAAGUUGUUUCUUUUUCAAUUUCCAACAACCCAAAUCAAAGAUUGCUAAUCUGCUUUCAAAGUUUAUUCCUUUUCUCUUUUUAUGGGAAUUCCCUUUCAAGAAUAGCAGCAAAGACACUCCAUUCAUCUUCAAUUGGAUCCAAUAUUCCAUUUAUUGAAACUCUGCUGCCAAAGCUCUGUUUUCUUUUUCUUUUCGUGUGAUUUAACAGUCAGAAUCAGAGAAAUAAUGUGGGGCGCCGUUCAAUUGGGAGUAUUGGCGGCCUUUCUUGUACUCUUUGUCCCUGUCGGUAUGGCUGGUUGGCACUUGAGUCGCAACAAAAUGUUAUUUUUCAGCUGUGCCCUCUUUAUUACCCUUGCUGUUUGUGUUCAUUUGACCCCUUAUUUCCCUUCAGUCUCCUCUAUGCUUUCUUCACCAGGUUCACUACCCUUAUCUUCUUCAUCAUCAAAUGGAAAUCUUGAUUCUUGUAUUUCUUUACUUCACCAAGUAGCAUUUGAUUUUCAAAAAUUGAAUAAUGAGAAUAGUAGUGUGGAAAAUACUGUUAGGAGUAGUAGUGAGGAGUCCUGGAAGUGGAUUGAGUCUGAGCCUGUUGUUCAAUGUGAUUUCCAUAAGUUGUCCAUGUCUGAUGCUUCAGAUUUGUUUAAUGGGUCAUGGGUUGUUGUUGCUGGGGAUUCACAGGCAAGGUUAUUUGUAGUUUCUUUGUUGGAGUUGUUAUUGGGGGAAAGUGAAAUGGAGAUGAUUAGGGGGGAUUUGUUCAAGAGGCAUAGUGAUUAUAACAUACUUAUUGAUGAGAUUGGGAUGAAGUUAGAUUUUAUUUGGGCGCCUUAUGUGAGUAACUUGACUGAUUUGGUUCUGGGGUUUGAAGAGAAAAAGAGCCCUUAUCCUGAUGUAUUCGUGAUUGGGACAGGGCUAUGGGAUAUGUUACAUAUAAAUAAUGCAACUGAUUAUGGUGUUUCCUUAAAGUUGUUGGGGGAUUUGGUGGUAUUGCUGUUACCAGUACCUUCAGAUUUUGUUAAUGAUGGAGCUGGCACGAAUUUAGUUUCAGUUCGUUCACCCAACUUCUUUUGGCUGGGAAUGCCAAAGCUGAUAAACUCUAUGUUGAAUACAGAUGAGAAGCAAGAGAAGAUGAGUGAUGUGAUGUGGAGAGCUUAUACUGAUGAGCUUUAUAGCAGUAAGCUGCUGCGACAAUCUGGUGGACCACUUUUGUUGCUGGACAUUCAUGCAUUGAGUAAUAAUUGUGGAACUCAUUGUACUGCUGACGGAAUGCAUUAUCACAGAGUUGUAUAUGAAGCUGCAGUUCAUGUAAUGCUAAAUGGAUUGCUUAUAGAAUCUAAUCAGAAGCUGUAAUGGAGCCAGGGUAAUAAAAUUAGUUUGUAAUUGCUAGAGCUUUCACUAUUAUAUGGGAUUCUUUUCCUGAUGUUACACUCAUCAACUGAAGACCAGUGGCAAGAAGUUUUUGACGCUAGUCCUUACUGAGGAAACUUUGUGGAAAUACUGAUACCUCAAGGUUGCACAGAGUACUUUAUGCUGCUAAAGGAGGGAUGCUCUGUUCGUUCCAGAAGAAGUUAUCUGGAUCAACAAAAGUCUUGACUUGGACCAAUUUAUUAAAAUUAUCCUUGAAAUACUUCAAUCCAUAAACACGACCUUCAAUGUAGCGAUUGUUUCCAUUAUGGUUGACCCCUAUGUCAAGGUCUCUAUAAUUUAAAUAUGCACAUCUUGGGGAUUUUGACACAAAA